GGGAUUUUGCAACAUUUUUUGCAGAAGUUACACUGAUCUCUUGCUAGUAAAGACUAGCAAGAAGUGCCAGGUGCAAUAUGGUUAUCCUGAGGAUGACAGUGCAAUACUUGAACAAUGCACAAGGAGAUGAAUUAAAUAAGAGAGUAUGUUUUUCUUGGAAAGUUAGCAAACUGCACUGCAAUUUCAAGGCUCCAAAACAAGGGAAAAGGAGGAACAAAAUAUUUUGAACCAUUUUGGAUGAUGGGUGGGUGGAAUUGAGCUAGGAAAAACACCUGCAACAAUGUUAAGUCAUUAGUCACUUAGGAGCCAUGACCACUGCAUUCCAAAGGGAUUACAAAAGCAGCUGCUGAUGCUUUGCUGUGGUGAACCUGUGUAGUGGUAGAUGCCAGUUUGGGAUGUAGGCCAGCCUGAGUGAGAGGUUCUGGUGGCUUGGUGACCACUGUGGGCGUGUCAUACAGAGGUAAAGGAGGUGGUUGCAGCCAAGACAGAAAAAGUGCUUGAGAUUUAAUUACUUAUGAGACUAGCAAGGAAGAAGAAAGGAAAUAGUCAUGCUCCAGUGGGAGCAAUGUGUAACAUCUGAAGCAAUCACUAUAAGUACUGAACACCUGAACUUAAGAACUGGUCGAUGCGGUUUGUCACUAGGGCUGUGUGUGAAGAUCAGGUAACAUCAGAGGCUUGUGGCUCUUAUGGUUUCCAAGGAAUAUGAAUUAAGGAAGAGAAAAAGAGCAACUGAAGUUAACUCUGAAAGGCAAUCAAAUCCAUUUGAGGAGAUUCCUGGAACAAGUUUUGACAGCCUGAACAUCCUGGAAAAUUCCAAGAGGAAGGACAGACCUCUGGAUUAUAAUCUGAGAGCACAAAAAGAUUGCUGGGGUUUUUCUUUUUAUGACUAAUGUGACUUGGACAUUCUUGAAGAACAAAGUAGAAGUUGUAUGCAAUUCUUGUAAGCUGAGGGGAUGGCAGAUCUGACACCAACACAUAUCAGCUGGCAGCCAUCACUAAAUGCAGGCACACACCAUACUGACAGAUAUGCCAACACUGAGUUGACUGUGAGGCGAGGACAAGCCUUCACUAUUACCCUGUACUUCAACAGACCACAGCAGGCUGGGGAGAGCCUAGCAUUUGUCACUGAAAUAGGACCAGCCCCCUCAGAAUCUCAUCGUACAAAGGCUGUAUUUCCCCUCUCUCAGAGGGGGGCAAGUGGCUGGAGUGCUGUCCAAGGACCCAGUGAGUCCGGUUAUACGAACUUUACAAUAUCCAGCCCAGCCAAUGCUGUCAUUGGACGAUACAAUCUAAUCCUCCAGGUAACCUCAGGGAACAAGAUCUUCUCCAGAUUCCUGGGGCAGUUUGUGUUACUCUUCAACCCUUGGUGCCCAGGUGAUGAUGUCUACAUGGCUAAUGAAAAUGAGAGACAAGAAUAUGUUCUAAAUGAAAAUGGAAUAAUCUUUGUGGGCAAUGCAAAGUACAUUGAAGCAAGAGGAUGGUACUAUGGACAGUUUCAAGAUCACAUUCUAAACAUCUGUCUCACCAUGCUUGAUCUGAGCCUGUACUAUCGUCAGGACCCAGCCAUUGAUGUAUCCCGAAGAGGAGAUCCUAAAUAUGUGGGCCGAGUAAUCAGUUCUAUGAUCAACGGAAAUGAUAACGAUAAUGGUGUUCUGCUAGGAAAGUGGCAAGGAAGUUUCAAUUCACAUGAGAAUCCAUCCAGAUGGGAUGGCAGCAUGGUAAUCCUCCAGAAAUGGCGUCAGGACAACUACAAACCUGUUCAGUAUGGCCAGUGCUGGGUUUUUGCAGGUGUGAUGUGUACAGUUCUGAGGUGCUUGGGGAUUCCAACUCGUUUGGUUUCAAAUUUUAACUCUGCCCACGAUGUGGAUAGAAAUCUGAGUAUCGAUAAGUACUAUGACAGCUCUGGAAAGAGUCUUAAUAUCGGCAAGGAUUCCACAUGGGAUUAUCAUGUCUGGAAUGAAAGCUGGUUCGUUCGCCCAGACCUGGGAACAUCAUACAAUGGAUGGCAGGUUUUGGAUGCAACUCCACAAGAACAAAGCAGAGGAUUAUUUCAGUGUGGCCCUGCAUCUGUCAUAGCCAUCAAAGAAGGUGAUGUAGACUUGGACUAUGACACCUUAUUUGUAUAUACAGAGGUGAAUGCUGAUUGCAACAGAUGGAUUGUAUACAAGGAUGGAAGUAAGAAAAGAGUUUAUUGUGAUACUGAAAUAAUCGGCAGGUUUAUCAGCACCAAAGCUGUGGACAGCAAUUCCCGUGUGGAUAUCACCUAUAAUUACAAAUAUCCAGAAGGUUCUUCUGAGGAAAGACGAGUUUAUAGAAAGGCCUUGACCAAGAUAUUUGGAUCAAACAUCACAGAAGGCCACACAGAAUCUCCAGAUGAAAGAUCUUCAGAGACAAUUAGAAACCCUGGGAUCUCUGGGAAACUCAAGCUAGCUGAACCUCCAGUGUUUGGCAAAGACAUUAACCUGAUCUUAAUUCUCAAUAACCUAUCUUUUGAUCGCAAGACCGUGAAGGUAGAUGUGAGUGCGUCCACCAUCCUGUACACAAGGAGAACAGUGACAGAGAUCCUGAAGGCAACCACUUCUGUGGAUCUUGGUUCUAAACAAGGGAAACACAUCCGGUUAAAGAUCCCUUAUUCUUAUUAUGGAAAAUAUCUGACUACUGACAAAAGGAUCCAAGUCACUGCUUUGUGUGGAGUCAUGAACAUGCACGGGGCAAAGUUGCUGGUGGAGAAGACUAUCACUUUAGAAGACACAAACAUUAUCAUUAAGAUUCCUCGGCGGGUUGUAGUGAACAAAGCUGUUACUCUAGAGAUCUCAUAUGCCAAUCCCCUCCCGGAACCUGUGAACCGCUGUGUAAUGCUAGUGACUUUGAUGAAUCAGCAAGUCAAGAUACAUCUGGCACAACUGGCACCGAGGGAGAGAUCAAAAAUUUAUUUUGAAUUCACUCCUCGCAGGACUGGGCCCUUACAACUGCAAGUAGACUUCUCUUGUGACAAAUUUUCACAUGUUAAGGGAUUUGUAACCAUUGCAGUAGCACCUGCAUAAUGUGAUGGAAUCAAUCUCCCAUUUCAGCAUUAACACAGCAAGACAUUCUCCUCUAGGAGAGAGAUGACAACAAGAAACUUUCCACAAAAAAUGGUGACCUCUUACAUUGCAAUAGAGUCAAGUCUCCUGCUUUCUCGGUGCUUAAUUAUUUAGUCUCUAAUUGUAUUCCUUUUUGUGUCCUCUUAUCUAGAAAAAUGAAGCCUCUUCCUUGUAGAAAUAGUUUCACUGUUUUAUCAGAUCUCAUUGUGUUAAGCUCCUGGUUUUGACCUUUCCAUCAGACAAUACAGUCUCUUCUCAACCACAUUCUAAUUGUCAGCAAUAAAAAAAAAUUAUUCAUAUAACUAUUCUUUUGUAAUGAUUUGUACAUUCCAUGGAAAUAUCAUGAGAAAUCACAAGAUUAAGGAAAGUUCUUUUUCCAUAAUUUCAUAAGCUUCUUACCUAAGAAGCAGAACAUUUCCUCCAUUGUUCAUGUAAUUUCUGCAUUUUGUGACACCUACAGUGCUGUGAAUGGGGAGGAAAAAAGCAACAUUUGGGGUCCAUGACAAUAUCUCUGCAGCCUGUGACCAGGCAACAUGGGCAUGUAUUCAAAUCAGUAACUUAAUUCCUGUGUAACAUGACAGAGUCCCAAGUACCACAAAGCAUGGGGAGAAUCUUGCAUUAAUACAGAAGUCCGGCCACACAAGCUAACUAAUGCUUCUUGCCCACCAGUGUAAGGUCACCGGAGACAAGGGACACAUUUGUCUUCAAACCUUCCCAAUGUAACUCAUCCAUAGGCAGCCCCUAGUGCCCACCUCUGUCACAACAUUUGCCUUUUGCAGGCUUCCAACCCUAACAACACCAGGUACCAGCUCUCACCUGAAAUGUGCUUUCAGGUAGCCUCAGGGCUUCUCCAUCACUCCCCGCAAGGUAGACUCUCCAGGGACUACU